AUGCAGCCUGUCUGCGAGCCUCCCCGCACCUCCCUCGCCAGCUCCACGCAGCAGAGCAGCCUUCGCGCACGAGGGGACCAGAAGCUCGACGUGCGAUGGGCAGAUACUUCCGUGGCUCGGUUCGUCUGUGUUCCCACACACGGCGGCUCGGAGGCGGCGCUGGGCCCCGCGCGCCCGGACGCUCUCGCCGCGGAUGCUCCCGCGGGCCCCGCGCCGGCGCCCCAGCUGCUCCCGGCCGGCACGGCCCCGGUUCCCGCGCCGGCGGAGACCUCCCGGCGGGCGCGCGGCGACGUCCAGCCAGCACCCACCGCCGCCCCCGACGCAAAGCCGGCCCUCCCCGGGAAGAAGAAGCCGCCCGCCACAAAGCAAGGCAACGCAGCGAGGAAGCACCUGAGGCCCAAACCCACGGUGCCGGGGCUGCCCGGAGCCACCGUGCAGGUGAGCCCAGGGCUGCCGGCCCCCCCGGAUGAGCCACGUUCGCCGGCGGACGGCGGGGCCACGGCGGCAGCACCGGCGAGGUGGGAGCACGGCGGUGCCAGCGGCGAGGUGACCACCAGCCCCGCAGCACUGCAGCCCUCCCCGUCUGCCCCGGCCCUGGCGGUCCCCGGGGGCGCGGGAGCCGCGGAGCUGGCAGCCGGCCGUGCCGCCCCGCACGGGAUGAGCGUCACGGAGAGCGGGACGAACGGCUUUGCGUGGGACGAGAGCCAGGAGACCACCACGUCCACCAUCGUGACCACCACGGUGAUAACCACCGAGCCCACGCCAGUUCUCUGCAGCAUGAGCUUCUACGAGCCCGAGGGCUACAUCGACUCCACCGACUACCCGCCGCUGCCGCGCCACAGCUUCCUGGAGUGCACCUACAACGUCACCGUCUACACCGGCUACGGCGUCGAGCUGCAGGUGAAGAGCGUGAACCUGUCGGACGGAGAGGUGCUCUCCAUCCGCGGCGUGGACGGGGCCGCGCUGGUGGUGCUGGCCAACCAGACGCUGCUGGUGGAGGGCCAGGUCAUCCGCAGCCCCACGAACACCAUCUCCGUCUACUUCCGCACCUUCCCGGACGAGGCGCCCGGCACCUUCCAGCUGCACUACCAGGUGUUCAUGCUGAGCUGCAGCUUUCCGCGGAGACCCGACUUCGGUGACGUCACCGUGAUGGAUUUGCACUCGGGUGGCAUCGCACAUUUUCACUGUCACCUGGGCUAUGAGCUGCAAGGUCCCAAGGUGCUCACGUGCAUCAACGCGUCCAGACCCCACUGGAGCAGCCCAGAACCGAUCUGCUCAGCGCCCUGCGGCGGGACCGUGCGCAAUGCCACCAUCGGCCGCGUGCUGUCGCCCAGCUACCCCGCGAACCAGAGCGGCGGCAUGGCCUGCGUGUGGACCAUCGCCGCCCCCCCGGGCCAGAAGCUCCACCUGCACUUCGAGAAGCUGCUGCUGGACGAGAAGGACAGGAUGGUGGUGUACGGCGGCGACGGCAACCGCUCGGCCGUGCUCUACGACUCGCGGCGCGCCGACGGCGUGCCCUUCGAGGGCGUCAUCAGCGACGGCUCCUCCAUCAGCAUCGACUUCGUGGCCGCCGAGCCCGCGGCCGCCACGGCCUUCAACAUCCGCUUCGAAGCCUUCGAGCGGGGCCACUGCUACGAGCCCUACAUCCAGAACGGGAACUUCACCACCUCCGACCCCAGCUACAACCUGGGCACCACCGUGGAGUUCACCUGCGACCCGGGACACUCCCUGGAGCAGGGCCCCGCCGUCAUCGAGUGCGUCAACAUGCGGGACCCGUACUGGAACGACACCGAGCCGCUGUGCCGGGCCAUGUGCGGCGGGGAGCUGAGCGCCGUGGCCGGGGUCAUCCUGUCCCCCAACUGGCCGGAGCCCUACGCGGAGGGUGAGGACUGCGUCUGGCGGGUCCAUGUCGGCGAGGAGAAGCGGCUUUUCCUGGACAUCCAGCUCCUGAACAUCACCAACAGCGACAUCCUCACCAUCUACGACGGGGACGAGCUCACCGCCCGCGUCCUGGGGCAGUUCGUGGGCAGCAGCGGUCCCCAGAAGCUCUACUCCUCCAGCCCCGACCUGACCAUCCAGUUCCACUCGGACCCGGCCGGGCUCAUCUUUGGGAAGGGACAAGGAUUCAUCAUGAACUACAUAGAGGUGUCCCGCAACGACUCCUGCUCGGACCUGCCCGAGAUCCAGAACGGCUGGAAGACCACGUCGCACACGGAGCUGGUGCGAGGCGCCAAGAUCACCUACCAGUGCGACCCGGGCUACGACAUCGUGGGCAGCGACACGCUCACCUGCCAGUGGGACCUCAGCUGGAGCAGCGACCCGCCCUUCUGCGAGAAGAUCAUGUACUGCACGGACCCCGGGGAAGUGGAGCACUCCAGCCGCCUCAUCUCCGACCCGGUGCUGCUGGUGGGCACCACCAUCCAGUACACGUGCAACCCGGGCUUCGUGCUGGAGGGCAGCUCGCUGCUGACCUGCUACAGCCGCGAGACGGGGACGCCCAUCUGGACGUCGCGGCUGCCGCACUGCGUCUCUGAGGAGUCCCUGGCCUGCGACAACCCAGGGCUGCCGGAAAACGGCUACCAAAUCCUCUACAAGCGCCUCUACCUGCCGGGAGAGUCCCUGACCUUCAUGUGCUACGAAGGCUUUGAGCUCAUGGGCGAGGUGACCAUCAAGUGCAUCCUGGGCCAGCCGUCGCACUGGAGCGGGCCGCUGCCCAUCUGCAAAGUGAAUCAAGACAGCUUCGAACAUGCUCUGGAAGUAGCAGAAGCCGCUGCAGAGACAUCGCUCGAGGGGGGCAACAUGGCCCUAGCCAUAUUCAUCCCGUUGCUGAUCAUCUCCCUGCUGCUGGGGGGGGCCUACAUCUAUAUCACGAGGUGCAGGUACUACUCCAGCCUCCGCCUGCCCCUCAUGUACUCGCACCCGUACAGCCAGAUCACGGUGGAGACGGAGUUCGACAACCCGAUCUACGAGACGGGGGAGACGCGGGAAUACGAAGUUUCGAUAUAAGGGCAGCGAUAGCCGAGCUGUGAACUUACUCUGCUCUCGUAGAACUUCCUCAGUGACUAAUCCAGAGACUGCGUGGAGUUUGAUGGCCCCCCCGGACCUACUGUUGUCUUUCCUUCUGCCUCUUUAUUGAAGAUUUUACUGUUUUCUUCACUGUAUUUAUUCUAUUUAAAUUGCAAUAGGUGUGUGGCUCCGCUCCGGGCAGCCCGGACCCCGGGGGCAGGCAGCGCCCGGAGGGGCAGAGCUCUUCGCUGCGGCGAGGCCGGGGCGGCGCGGGGGCGUCCCCGUUCCCCCCCCCCCGGCACUGGCCACACAAAGGGAUUUUUGCAGAUUUUAUGUUGUUAAAGAUUAAAAGCGUCUCCAUUGCAAGAGCCUGCAAUUGAUUGCCGAGCGCUGUCUCAGGUGCAGAGUUUGCCCCAGGGCGUCCGGGCCGAGUGUGCCGGGCGCUGCCGAGCCCCUGCUCCUGCAUCCCGGUGUGCCGAGCACCUUUCCCGGUGCCGGGUGCUCCCGGGCGUCUGCCGCUCCGGCAGCGGAGCGCGUCUCAGGGAAGCUGCCGGGCGUCGCGGAGCCGCUGCUCCCGCGCCCGCAAGAGGCGACGGUGCCGGCACGCGCGGCACAGGCUGCUUUCCUUCCGCCUUCGUUCGGAGCGAGCAGCGGCACGGGAAGCGGGACCGGCAGCGCCAGCGAGCAGCGUUGACCAGCAGCGUGCAGCCGGCUCGGCGGCCCCGUCCGGGAGCCCCGCGGGAGCGGAGCGGAGGCGAGCGCGCCUGGGCUCGCCCAGCUGCUUCUCCCCCGUAACACCCACCAUCGCCUCGGCCGAGAAGACCCGAGUGCCGGCGUUCACCCUCCGCAUCUCAGGGUAACCGUGGCGGACGAGGGAUCCCCGCCGCGCUCAGCCGGGGCGUCCCGGUGCCGAUGCUCCUGCACUCCCGCAGCGUGCGGGAAGGGAUGCGCCGGCGUCGGAGCACACCGGCAUCCCUCUCCUCCCAGCCCGGCCCCAGCGGCCGCUGCUCCACGUCCCCGCCAGGCCCGCGGGGGUCCAGAUGCAAAGGCCUCGCGCUUUGCACUUGGCUUGGGCAAAGCCCGCCUGGAAAAGCGGCGUGGAGGCGUAUUUGGGGCAGGGAGGCGGGCGGCCCGCUUGGCUGGGCUCCGGCACAGCCCCGGGCAGCGGAGCAGGGAGAAACCCGCCCUGGAGCCGGGCGCGGCGGGGGCGGAGGUGCUGCGGGGCGCGGGAAGGCGGCCGGCGCGGUGCCCCGCGGCUCCCGGCCUCUUCCCGGUGUCUUGCAGAACGGCGACCGUGACCGUGACCAUGUCCUGGAGUCUGUUCUAGUUAGGGAUGGUUAGUGCAUCUCUGCAGUGUACAGCUGAGACUUAGUUUUUUCCUUUAAAAACAAUGAAUGUGUGUUUGUAAUUUGUAAAGGUUAAAGAAAAAAAACCAGAAAAAACAAAAAAAUGUGCCAAAAAUGUACUAAGCAUUUCAUUUCCCUUCAUACAUGUCUGUUUUUAUAAGAACAAUGUGAAAAUUGCUGGGAUUAAAUAUUUUUGAACAUGA